AGACUAGAAAUAAUCCUGAUACAAGAUUAAAAUUUCAUGUAGUAUAUUUCAAGAAUGAUCCGAAUAUAUUGCUUUAUAGGGUUGGAACUUAUUCGCACUUAAUGUUUAUACUCAAAAAAUUCAGUUUCGAAAAUUUCACAUUUUAGUUAAAGAUAUCUAUUAGUCACAUUUUUGGGGGGAUUCAUUGGAAAUAUUUUAAAAAUAAUACUACUGAUUACUUUUUGUUUAUUCCAAAAAUGGUUCUUUCAAAAAAUAUUAAAAACUCAAAACCCGUACGAAUACUACUUGCAUUUGCUUACUUUUUCCCCCAUGGGUUUCACGUGUGUUUUUGUUAUCAUAUUUGUAAAGUUUGGUUAUGAAGUAUACAUAAUGUGGUGUGUCUAAAUUAUCACGUUUUUUGUAGCACAAUUGAUAGUAAUAAUUUACUACUUCCCAGAAAGAGUGAUACCAGAUAACAGUACCAAAACCUGUAUAAUAUAAGUAAUAAAUGGGCUCAUUCACUCAAAUGAAAAUUCAGUAAAUUGUAAAAAGCAUUUUGUAGGUCCCAAAAGUUAAUCUUUCGUUGUCGGGUUUCCGGUCUUUACAGUAAAAAUGGCAGUCAACUCCUCCGUCAUGAUUCACAUCAACCCGGCGGCUCGUUUAACCAAAAUAGAAAACCGGUGCUUCAGACAAUGUCACAAACUUCCUACUAAACCCGGUUUCCAGUUUCUCAUUCCCAAAGCACGUGACCUCUCCAAAAUCUCCGUCGUGGAACAGUUCCGUAACCGCGUGGAGAAAACCGCCGACGAGAUCCGCCGUCUUCGGGUUUCUGCUGAGGCUACAAAACCCCUCUUCCUCACUUUUUUCUCUAAAACUCAACAGUUUAUCGAACGCUUUAUUGUUCGUGAAGUAGAAAACGAGAAAAUGAUGGUCAAGCGUAAUUUGCUUAUGAUGAUUGCUGUGUUUGGAGUAAUGGCGAUGGUGAAAGGUCCAGAAGAAGCCCUAGCUUCUAGUUCUCCUUCUGCUUUUGUUCAAAAUAUCAUAUAUUCUAACAAGAUCGCCAUCUUCUCCAAAUCCUAUUGCCCGUACUGCAAGCGUGCCAAACGCAUCUUCAAUGAACUUCAAGAACAACCAUUUGUGGUGGAGCUUGAUCUUCGAGACGAUGGCGGUCGUAUUCAAGAUGUCCUUUUGGAUCUGGUGGGCCGCAGCACAGUUCCGCAAGUGUUUGUGAAUGGGAAGCAUAUUGGUGGUUCAGAGGAUCUUCAAAUUGCUGUCAAGAACGGUCAGUUGCAAAGUCUACUUAAGAAAGAGUAAAGUACUGCAAGUCGAGAGAUUCAAGCAUCUUAUCUGAAUUCCUGAAGCUACAAUGCAUUCAUGGAGAGCUUAGUUUAGUUUGGUAGGUCCAGCUCUAAACUAAAAAUUUGUAUGCUUACUAUGCUGUUCGUUUCGUUUCUCAUGCUGAAAAAUGGGUAUCUGGACAAACAACUAGGGAUUUGAACUUAAUUCAAAUGCAUAUGUCCUUCACUAGCUAUAACUUCAGUGUACACUGUGCAGAGACAGCAGGUUGUUUACAAAUGAACAAAAGUAAAAUGGAAUAGGAUAACAAGAGGCGUGGAAUUAGAGAAAUCCUCUAGUACAGACUAUGCUCCAAUUCCAGUUAUGUUGUUCAAAUUUCAAACUUUAGAAUCUAAUUUAUGUGGAUCUAGAUUCUAGAACCCGUGGAUACAAAUGUUCCCAGAAGAUUAAUAUCUGAGCGAAUGGCAGUAUGAAAAAGCUUGUGUAGAUCCAAAUUGUAACAAAUAUAGAGACAUAAGAGUGAAGAAAUGCCAUGCUUGGCACAUAAGGAAAGCUGUUAACUCAGAUCCUUUGUAUUCAUUUAGAGAAAUAUCCGUCUGCCUAA